GCUCCCCCAGGAAAGGUGGAAGAGGUGGUGAAGGUUGCUAUCGGCGCCGGCUACCGCCACUUUGACUGCGCCUACUUCUACCAGAAUGAACAUGAAAUUGGAAAUGCUAUCCAGCAGAAGAUCAAGGAGGGGGCUGUGAAACGGGAAGAUCUCUUCAUUGUCACUAAGUUGUGGAACACAUUUCAUGAGAAGCCCUUGGUUAAGGUUGGCUGCAAGAAGAGCCUUGAUGCACUGCAACUGGACUACCUUGACCUCUACUUGAUGCACUUCCCUAUGGGAUUCAAGGCUGGUGAAAACCUGCAGCCUCUGGAUGACAAGGGUGAGAGUAUUCCCAGUGAUGCAGAUUUUCUGGACACAUGGGAGGCUAUGGAAGAGCUGGUGGACUGUGGCCUGGUGAAAGCCAUUGGUGUCUCCAACUUUAACCAUGAGCAGAUUGAAAGAAUCUUGAACAAGCCAGGACUGAAAUACAAACCAGUCAUGAACCAG